AUGCCUUCAGAACAGGUCGUCGCCAUCGUCCAGGACGUCCAGCUCGACAUUCAGCAACCUCAAAUCAAGUUCUGCUCGUUGUGUGCGACCGCCCUCUCCGACGUUGUCCUCCACCCUCUGGCCGACGCACUCGUAUGUGCCCACUGUCGCGAAUGCAUUCGGGGAACGCGCCCGUCCCUUAUCUCAUCCAACGACCAGCGUCCAUAUCGCUUGCCGCUCGAAGGCGCCUCGAAUAACGUACAUCGUCAUACCGCCUCGCACGAGGCUGCCGGUCCCCAGCACAACCAACACCCCACGAGGCGUCUUCCGGACGUAUCCCAAACUCCAAGUCCCUCACAAGACCCACGCACAGAAACAGCGCCAAUAGCCUCUUCUUCAGCGCCGCAAGCCUGCCACACAACCCCAGCUAGUCAAUCGCUGUCCCCGGCGACGGGUCAGACAACAAAACAAUUCGCCCAGUUACAACCUAUAGUGACAAAUCCCACCUCGACCAACGGAUCAUCCUUGUCGCAUCCAGCGACGAGUAAGGCGCAUUCCCCGACACUGCCUUCAUCGACGACAUAUUACGCAUCGCCAUCGCCAGUCGUCCAGGGUGCCGACGCUCGCCGACCGCCUACUUUGGCCCAACCAGUGCAUGAUCCACUUGUCGACAUCACACGGCUACGGGUUCGGUCUCAGUCGCAUCACUGCCUCUAUCCUGGGGCGACCUUUGAGGGAACGCAGAAGAGUGGGCGCAAUAGUUAUGAUGUCACGGUCACCAUCGUUGAUGUGGACUUCCAGAUGUCGACUCUGUGCGGAUACCUGCGGAUCCGAGGGUUGACUGACGAUUGGCCAGAGCUGACGACGUACUUUGACGCAGAGAUCAUUGGGCCUCGAUAUGGGUUCCUGACACAAAAUUGGGGAGCGUCGGAACAUGAGGACAUGGUCCACUGGGCUCGAUUCCCGGCUUUCAAACAUGUGAAGCAGGAAGCGAAGCGGCCACAUUUGACAAUAGACGACCGUGACCGGGGUGCUGUCUUCAUGCGAUGGAAGGAGCGGUUCCUCGUACCCGACCACAAUGUACAUGAUAUCAACGGAGCGAGUUUCGCAGGAUUUUACUACGUUUGUGUGGAUUUUAACACUCAAGGAGGCAGUACAACGAUUGAAGAAGGCGAGGCCGAGGCAUCUGCAUCGUUACCCAUCGCCAAAGAACCUCGAAGGCGACGAGAAUCCAGUGUAGCUCGCAGUCGACGAAGCAAAUCUAGGCCUCGCAUCGCACCUAUGCCUCCCCCAGUGGCUACCAUGAGCGGCUUCUAUUAUCACCAAAACUCCGAGCCGUAUCAGCAGCUGUCUUUGACGCAUGUACCAGAAGGAACCAGCACGACCUUCGAGUUUCGAUGA